ACCACCUAACUCAGUGACGCCGCGGCCGCCUCCUGCCCAGGUCAGAACGCUCCCGGGCGGGGUGCGGUCGUGCAAUAGGAAGCCGAGCGCGUUGCAAGCUUCCCGUCGGACACCCGCUGCCCGGCCCCUCACCCUACCUAGUGCAUUCCCUGGACAUCUCCGGGGUCCCCACCUGUGGUCCUCGGAGACCCCUUCCGGGCCAGCCAUGCCUCUAAGUCGCACUUUGUCCAUGUCCUCACUGCCAGGACUGGAGGAUUGGGAGGAUGAGUUCGACCUGGAGAACACGGUGCUCUUCGAGGUAGCCUGGGAGGUGGCCAACAAGGUGGGGGGCAUCUACACGGUGCUCCAGACGAAGGCGAAGGUGACAGGGGAUGAGUGGGGCGACAACUACUACCUGGUGGGACCGUACACGGAGCAGGGUGUGAGAACCCAGGUGGAGCUGCUGGAGCCCCCAACCCCAGCUCUGAAGAGGACGCUGGACUCCAUGAACAGCAAGGGCUGCAAGGUGUAUUUUGGGCGCUGGCUGAUUGAGGGGGGCCCCCUGGUGGUGCUCCUGGACGUGGGGGCCUCAGCUUGGGCCCUGGAACGCUGGAAGGGAGAGCUCUGGGACACCUGCAACAUCGGGGUACCCUGGUAUGACCGCGAGGCCAACGAUGCCGUCCUCUUUGGCUUCCUCACUACCUGGUUCCUGGGUGAGUUCCUGGCCCAGAAUGAGGAGAAGCCACAUGUGGUUGCCCACUUCCAUGAGUGGUUGGCAGGCAUUGGGCUCUGCCUGUGCCGUGCCAGGCGGCUGCCUGUGGCAACCAUCUUCACCACCCAUGCCACAUUGCUGGGGCGUUACCUGUGUGCUGGUGCUGUGGACUUCUACAACAACCUGGAGAAUUUCAACGUGGACAAGGAAGCAGGUGAGAGGCAAAUCUAUCACCGCUACUGCAUGGAACGUGCAGCAGCCCAUUGUGCUCAUGUCUUCACAACUGUGUCUCAGAUCACUGCCAUUGAGGCCCAGCACCUACUCAAAAGGAAACCAGAUAUUGUGACCCCCAAUGGACUGAAUGUGAAGAAGUUCUCUGCCAUGCAUGAGUUCCAGAACCUCCAUGCUCAGAGCAAAGCUCGGAUCCAGGAGUUUGUACGAGGCCAUUUUUAUGGGUAUGCAUCUGACUUCAACUUGGACAAGACCUUGUAUUUCUUUAUUGCUGGCCGCUACGAGUUCUCUAACAAGGGGGCUGACGUCUUCCUGGAGGCCCUGGCCCGGCUCAACUAUCUGCUCAGAGUGAAUGGCAGUGAGCAGACGUGGUUCGCCUUCUUCAUUAUGCCAGCUCGGACCAACAAUUUCAACGUGGAAACCCUCAAAGGCCAAGCCGUGCGCAAACAGCUUGAGAUGAUAAAGGAUGAGGAAGAAAGCCUGUAUGUGUCUGGGGAACAGCAUUCAGGGAUGGGGGAACAGCAAAUGCCCUGGGAAUGUUUGAGAAAUGGCAAAGGAGGCCAGGACACUGCCAACACAGUGAAGGAGAAGUUCGGGAGGAAGCUUUAUGAAUCCUUAUUGGUGGGGAGCCUCCCAGACAUGAACAAGAUGCUGGACAAGGAAGACUUCACCAUGAUGAAGAGGGCCAUCUUUGCCACACAGCGGCAGUCUUUUCCCCCUGUGUGCACCCACAAUAUGCUGGACGACUCUUCGGACCCCAUCCUGACCACCAUCCGCCGAAUUGGCCUCUUCAACAGUAGUGCCGACAGGGUGAAGGUGAUUUUUCACCCAGAAUUCCUCUCCUCCACAAGCCCCCUGCUCCCUGUGGACUAUGAGGAGUUUGUCCGAGGCUGCCACCUUGGGGUCUUCCCUUCCUACUAUGAGCCUUGGGGCUACACACCGGCUGAGUGCACUGUUAUGGGCAUCCCCAGUAUCUCUACCAACCUCUCCGGCUUCGGCUGCUUCAUGGAGGAGCACAUUGCAGAUCCCUCAGCUUACGGUAUCUACAUCCUGGACCGUAGGUUCCGAAGUCUGGACGAUUCCUGUUCGCAGCUCACCUCCUUCCUCUACAGCUUCUGCCAGCAGAGCCGGCGACAGCGCAUCAUCCAAAGGAAUCGCACAGAACGUCUCUCCGACCUUCUGGACUGGAAAUACUUAGGCCGGUACUACAUGUCUGCACGCCACAUGGCGCUGGCCAAGGCCUUCCCAGAUCACUUCACCUACGAGCCCCACGAGGAUGCGACCCAGGGGUACCGCUACCCACGGCCAGCCUCGGUGCCACCAUCGCCCUCACUUUCACGACACUCGAGCCCACACCAGAGCGAGGAUGAAGAAGAACCUCGGGACGGGCCCCUUGAGGAAGAGCGUUACGAUGAGGAUGAGGAGGCUGCCAAAGACCGGCGCAACAUCCGCGCACCAGAGUGGCCGCGCCGGGCCUCCUGUGCCUCUUCCACUGGUGGGAGCAAGCGCAGUAACUCUGUGGACACUGCGCCCUCCAGCUCAAUCAGCACGCCCAGUGAGCCCCUCAGCCCCGCCAGCUCACUGGGUGAGGAGCGCAACUAAGCCUCCACUCCACACUCCCUGCCUGUCGUUUCCUUCCUCCAGGGAAUGGAUGCCGGGAGCACUGUUUCUGAACCCACUCCAGAUCCUGAGUGGUAUCCACACCCAUUGUGUGGACCACAACCCAGCCCCUUCCGCCAUACACUCCAACCCCUCCAGCUCCACCAUGGGAGUCUCCACACUCCAAAAUCCACAAUGCUGUGCCUUUCUUGGGUUUCAGGUUGCAUUAUCUGUACCCUGGAGUCCCUCGGGCUUGAACUGGGUCCCAGAGGCCUGGAAUCUGCCAUUAUUCUGCUGUGGUGCCAGAGGUUUUAGGAAAACUGGCCUGUUGCUUUCCAGACCGAGUCUCCUAGAGCCCUUUGUGGCUUGCAAUUUCUACAGCAUACAGAGCAUGCCAUGCUCAGGCCAUGCCUGAGGACCACCAAGUGCUGUAAACUACAUGGUUUCCCUGCUAAUGGGACCCUUUCAGGGACUUAAGUAACUGAAUGCCAACUGUCCUGUAUUUCAACUCAGAACCCGGCUCCAGGAUGGGAUCAUGUUCUAGCCCUCUCUGGUGUCCAGUUCCCACCCACCCCCGACCCCUGUUCCUGUCAACCCCCACACUUUGGCCAAGCCAGGGGUGGCAGAACUGCUUGGUUCCUCAUUCCUUCUGGAGCACUUGCAGAUAUGGUCUAGAUACCUUUCUGCCUUUCUGGUCUUUUCUGUACCAGAUCCCACUCCUUCCCUGAGUCUGAGCUCUCCUCCGAAUCUGGAGAUUCUUUCUCUGCCCUCCAGAGAAUUCCUCUGCUGAGCACAACCCCUACCCCCCAGCUGUCCCCACUGCUCAGCCCACCGUGAAACCACUGGGUUCUAGGUCCCAGCUGCUGAAUCUGGAGCCUUACCACUGUGCUGCAUCCUGGUCCCUUUCCCCUGAUCUCUAACUGGGUUCUAGAAGCCCUGCAUUUACCUCAAGGUACUUCCAUCCCCAAGCUGUGCCCUGCCCCCAGCUUUGGUGAAAGGGAGGGACCCCUCACGUGUGCUGUGCUGUGUCUGAUGCACUGCUUGGUUUGUAGUUGGGAGGGGUGUGAUUAGAGUGUGUCCAGAGAUGAAAAAAUACAUCUAUAUUUAAGAAUCCCACAUAUGGUCAGACAUGAGCACUUGGUGGGCCUCACUCCUGAUUCCCCCAGACCUCAUUUUAGUCCCUGCCCUGGCCCACUCCAUGGUUGCUUAUCUCAUGCUAUUGGAGCAAUUUGGAUUGCUGUUCUAAGAUUCCAGUGUUGUUCAGGGAAGGCACAUCUGACUACUUAGCUGGGACUUAAUUUGCAAGUGGCACAAGUGGCAAGUGAUCUUUGGCAUGAAGGGGCUCUGUGACAAAAGAUCCACAGGGCAGCCAUGAGAACCAUGUAGUUCUUUAAAUUAAAUGUGGUUUCUCAGUAAUACUGGUCAUCAGCAAGUGUUCAACAACCACAAGUGGUCCAUGGCUAUCCUAUUGGACAUCACAGAUGGAUGGAUUGGCUUCGCAUGUUUCCAGGACUCUGGUUUCUGUACUUUGGCCUCACUGUCCUCUAGAUGGCUUUAUUUAAAAACAAACUUUUUUGUUCUAAUCUUCACUAGGCCAUAUGUGCGUCUCUGAGCCAAUCACUACUCAGGAAACUAGAAAACUCCAAUUGCUUUGGAUCUGGAUAUGUCGUCAUCUUUCCCGUUAGCCUGUUACAGUCAUGCAGAAGUUCCCCUCGCUCUCUGAAAUCACGAGUGGCCAUCAAAGUGUGAUGACAGCAGAUAAAAUAGCAACCACUUAAGAUGUCUCUUCUACCCUGAAGGGAGGGGAGAGGGGGUCAGAACUGACUCAGCAGUUUUGUAGCUUGGCCCCAGCAAAAGCCAAGUCUUCUGUUAAGCUUCUUCACUUCCCACUUGGAUAAUGUGGACCCAAGUCUCACAUCGUUUCUGUGUUGAGCCCCACACCCCUAGCUCAACACUUCUUGGGCAUCAUGUGUACCCAGCUGCUCAGAUCCACCUAAUAAUUCCAGAUUGUGUCUUGUGGUUUUAUUCCAACAUGAGCCAUUAUCUCUAAAGUUGUAGAAAACAGCCUUUGGAUAUCAUACCCAGGCAUUGGCCUCAAUUUGCCCACAUAAAGGGGUUAAUAAUUAUA